UAGUGUUUACGAAAGACAACAUGUGUUCCUAAAAUCACCUUGGGCCUUGUUUAUUUCAUGUUAUAACUGUUUUAUGUUAUACACUUAUAGACAAUUAAUAUUUCUUGGAGUAUUAUGACUUUUAUUUAAUGAACCAAAAUUACUUAGUUAACUAUUAUAGAGGGGGUUAUUGUAAGUGUGAUGUCACGAUACUAAUACUUAAACCAUGUUAGUUAUUUUCACUAUUGGUUAUCAGUGACCACUAACAUGUACAUUAGGAAUCAAAUUAAUAAACUGAAGAACGUUAUCGUUUUACACGCAUUUGCAUAAGUACAUCGAAUACUGCACAGGAAUCAUUAGGCAUUAGGUUCGCUAAGCAGUCGAACGUUGUUUUAUUGGUUUAAACGCGUUCGAUAGCCAUACACGUAUUUGGAUAAAAACUAAUAUUACAAAAUUGCUGUAUAACAAUGAUUAUUCCAAGUGUAAGUGGCUCCAUUCGGAACCAUGUUAGAACCCAGUUUAUCGCACUUUCUUUAUGUCGAACAAGGUAUUCUUCUCAAGUAGAAUAUAAGCCAAUCAGAAGUGUAUUAGUAGCUAACAGAGGUGAAAUUGCAAUACGUGUAUUUCGAGCAUGUAACGAAUUAGGUAUUAAAUCUGUAGCCAUUUAUUCAGAACAAGAUAAAAUGCAUAUGCACAGAUUGAAGGCUGAUGAAUCAUAUCUAGUUGGAAAAGGUAAAGCUCCGGUAGAGGCUUACCUUGAUAUACCAGAAAUAAUAAGAGUAGCUAAGGAAAAUGAUAUUGAUGCUAUUCAUCCUGGUUAUGGAUUUUUAUCUGAGCGAUCAGAUUUUGCUCAAGCAGUUAUUGAUGCUGGAAUACGAUUUAUUGGACCAUCACCAUAUGUUGUACAACAGAUGGGUGACAAAGUAGCUGCAAGACAGGCAGCUAUUGACGCAGGAGUUCCAAUUGUAGCAGGGACCCCUGGACCCAUUAGAACUUCAGAAGAAGCUAUUGAAUUUUGCUUAAAGCACGAUUUACCUGUGAUAUUUAAAGCAGCAUAUGGAGGAGGUGGGCGUGGAAUGAGAGUUGUUAGAAAAAUGGAAGAUGUUAAAGAAAACUUUGAACGUGCUAGUUCGGAAGCUAAAGCUGCAUUUGGAGAUGGUGCUAUGUUUAUCGAAAAAUUCGUCGAAAGACCAAGACAUAUUGAAGUGCAACUAUUGGGAGACAAAGCAGGAAAUAUAGUUCAUUUGUAUGAGAGAGAUUGUUCAGUACAACGACGUCACCAAAAAGUUGUUGAAUUAGCUCCUGCACCUCAUUUAGAUCCUAAGGUGCGGGAUGCAAUGACAGAAAAGGCUGUUAAAUUAGCAAAACACGUAGGGUAUUCAAAUGCUGGAACUGUUGAGUUUUUGGUUGAUUCCAAAGGCAAUUUUUACUUCAUCGAAGUAAAUGCCAGAUUGCAAGUGGAACAUACCGUAACUGAAGAAAUAACUGGAAUCGAUUUAGUGCAGUCUCAAAUUAGAAUUGCGGAAGGUGUUACACUACCAGAAUUAGGGUUAACACAAGAUAAAAUAAAACCACAAGGUUUUGCUAUUCAAUGUCGUGUCACUACAGAAGAUCCUGCAAAAAGUUUCCAGCCCGACACUGGCCGUAUUGAAGUAUUCAGAAGUGGUGAAGGUAUGGGAAUUAGAUUGGAUGGCGCAUCUGCUUUUGCUGGAGCAAUUAUUAGUCCUUACUACGAUUCAUUAUUAGUAAAAGUAAUAGCUCAUGCUGCAGAUUUGCAAUCUGCAUGUGCUAAAAUGAAUAGAGCCCUGCGUGAAUUUAGAGUCAGAGGAGUAAAGACUAAUAUUCCAUUUUUGUUAAAUGUGUUAACAAAUGAAAAAUUUGUCAACGGAUCAGUUGAUACUUAUUUCAUUGAUGAAAAUCCACAGUUGUUUACACUUGAACCAUCACUCAAUCGAGCUCAAAAAUUGCUUAACUAUUUAGGUGAAGUUUUAGUUAAUGGACCUCAGACCCCAUUAGCCACUAAUUUGAAACCUGCAAUCAUCACACCGCACGUCCCAGAAUUUCCAACUGAUUACCUUGCACGUAUAUUAGGCAAAAACGAACGAGAUAAUCAAAACAGCUCAGGAAUUACACCACCCCAAGGAUUUAAACAUAUACUCAAUAAAGACGGUCCAAAAGCUUUUGCCAAAGCCAUUCGGGAUCAUAAGGGACUUUUAUUAAUGGAUACUACAAUGAGGGAUGCUCAUCAAUCACUAUUGGCUACUCGAGUCAGAUCACAUGAUAUUCUUCAAAUUUCUCCAUGGGUAUCUCAUAGUUUUCCAGGAUUCUAUUCCUUAGAAAAUUGGGGAGGAGCUACUUUUGAUGUUGCAUUAAGAUUCUUACACGAAUGUCCAUGGCAACGAUUAGCUGAUAUGAGAACUGCUAUCCCUAAUAUUCCAUUCCAGAUGUUGUUGCGCGGUGCUAAUGCUGUUGGUUAUACAAAUUACCCAGAUAAUGUUGUUUUCAAAUUUUGCGAUUUAGCUGUUCAAGCUGGAAUGGAUGUGUUCCGUGUAUUCGAUUCGUUAAAUUAUCUACCUAAUAUAAUUCUUGGUAUGGAAGCAGCUGCUAAGGCUGGAGGUGUUGUUGAAGCAGCAAUUGCAUACUCUGGAGAUGUUUCUAAUCCUUCGAAGAAAAAAUAUACAUUAGAUUAUUAUUUGAAUUUUGCUGAUGAUUUAGUAAAAGCCGGCACGCACGUGCUCUGUAUUAAAGAUAUGGCAGGUUUAUUAAAACCACGAGCGGCUACUAUGUUAAUUGGCGCCAUUCGUGAAAAAUAUCCAGAACUACCAAUUCAUGUCCAUACACAUGAUACAAGUGGAGCUGGAGUUGCAGCUAUGUUGGCUGCUGCACAUGCAGGAGCUGAUGUAGUUGAUGUUGCUGUAGAUUCAAUGUCUGGUAUGACAUCACAACCAAGUAUGGGAGCAAUAGUAGCAUCUCUACAAGACACUGAAUUAGAUACAGGAAUGGACUUAAAAGACGUAAGUGCAUACAGCGCGUAUUGGGAGCAAACAAGAACUUUAUACGCGCCCUUCGAAUGUACAACAACAAUGAAAUCAGGAAAUGCUGACGUUUACUUAAAUGAAAUACCAGGAGGACAGUAUACUAAUCUUCAAUUCCAAGCAUAUUCUCUUGGUCUUGGAGACUUUUUUGAAGAUGUUAAAAAAGCUUACAGAGAAGCUAAUCUUUUAUUAGGAGAUAUAAUCAAGGUAACACCUUCUUCAAAAGUUGUUGGAGAUUUUGCUCAAUUUAUGGUACAAAAUAAAUUGACAGCUGAAGACGUUUUAGCUAAAGCUGAAGAACUAAGUUUCCCAAAAUCUGUUAUUGAGUUCCUACAAGGUGGUAUCGGCGAGCCUUAUCAAGGUUUUCCCGAACCACUAAGAUCUAAGAUUUUAAAAGAUAUGCCUCGUAUUGAAGGUCGACCCGGGCAGUCUUUGCCUCCUCUAGAUUUUAAUAAAGUUAAAAGCGAUCUUCAAGAAAAAUAUUCUAAUGUCAGUGAUCAUGAUGUUAUGAGUUCUGCUCUUUAUCCUGUUGUUACUGAUGAAUAUCUGACAUUCAAGGAAGAAUAUGGUCCAGUUGACAAAUUAGAUACCAGGAUAUUUUUGACUGGACCUAAAGUUGGGGAAAACUUUGAAGUAACUAUAGAAAAGGGUAAGACAUUAGCUUUUAAAACUUUAGCUAUUUCAGAGGAAUUAACAGCUAAUGGAGAAAUUGAAGUCUUCUUUGAAAUGAAUGGUCAAUUACGAUCGGUCUUUAUUAGAGAUAAAGAAGCGUCGAAGGAAAUGCAUAUACACCCAAAGGCAUCUAAAUCUAAUAAAGGAGAAGUAGGAGCACCUAUGCCUGGAUCAGUCAUGGACGUCAGGGUUAAAGUAGGGGACAAAGUUGAGAAAGGAGCACCUUUGGUUGUGUUAUCUGCAAUGAAAAUGGAAAUGGUAGUUCAAUCUCCAAUUGCUGGAACUGUUAAACAGAUUGAUAUAAAUGUAGGAAUGAAAUUAGAAGGAGAUGAUUUACUGUUGAUUAUUGAGCCAUAAUUUGUUUUUUAUUGAAAACAUUUAUUUUGUUAUUGUUUAUUUAUAAAUAAAAAAGGUUUAUUCACUGUUAAAAUUCAUUCACUAGUCAGCAAUUUUAUUAAAAAUUAUGUUUUUUGGAAUAUAUAUCCAAGUAUAAAUGAUUAAUUAUUUGUUGAAAAAUAUAUUAAAUUAAUAUAUUUAUUGUUAUUUUAUUAAAUACAUAUUAUGUUUUAUACAACCUUGUUAAACAUUUUUUUGAAUUUAAAUUAUGUAUUUUAAAUAAAUUUGUUAUGUAUUUUAACUUUUUUAGUGGGUGAGGUUGUCUCAAAAAUUAUUAUUGUCCCAAAUUUAUCUAAUGAAAAUUAAAAAUAAUACAAAUUUUAAUAGAUUUAAUUGAUUAAUUUUAUAAAAAAUUGUAAUUUAUUAUAAAAAUUUAUAUUCUAUUUGAGUUUUUAAUUUUUCUAUAUUUAUAAUUAUUUUGAUAUUUUCUAAAUCAAUACCUGCUUAAUUUAACUUUAUUGUAGUGAAUUUAUAAUUUUUAAAUUA